GCCAAUUUCUCUCGGUCAGUCAGUUCGAGCCAAUCAAACGUUGCAGACUUCCUCUGUAGCUACUUGUUUCCAUAAUAGUGUCCAUCGUUUUGCGAAUCGAUUCCGUGUCGUCAGUUGCGAAUUAGUGAUUGAGCUUUUCAAUCCAGCGCAAAGUUUGUUGGUGGUUGUUUGAGAAAAAUAAAAUAAAAGCAAAUAGUGAGAGUGUGAGCUCAUCACCGCCUGAGUUAUUUCGGGAAAAUAGUGUUGUUGGGCGAAUCCAACGAGUGGUUGAAAAUAGUGAUUCUGGUGUACAGUGGGGUGCCACAAGUGCACACUGUUUGAAGGGAAAUCGAUACGACAUUUGUGCGGCCUAGGAGGAUUGGUCAUCGCUGUGGGAAGCCGGCUAGAAGAAGUGAAAAAGUGUACGCCUCACGUGUGACUGGUGCACAAUUUGAUUCGUAGUGAGCGGUGCAAGUUUUUCGCUUGUAAAAACGUGAUUUCGCCUCACGGCAUUCUUCCCAUAUGUAUAAAUUCUUCGUGAAUUCAAGCGUGAAAUACAUAAUAAAAUAAUAUCGUUGAGUGGAGAUCAAGCUCAGAGAGUAGUGUACUGUUGAUUGAGUUUGAAAAAGCGAAAAAACAGACGGCAAAGAUCUAAGUUUUAGUCAAAGCUCUUGCUAACAACCGGUAUCAUUUUUUUUGGUUGGAUUUUCCACAAUAGUUAAUUUCAUGUGUAAAUUAGCAAGCAAGAAGAACUCGAUCCUUCUUAACAAUAAGAAACGUGUUAGACUUUUCUUCCGGAAACCACGCUACACACACUACUGUUCAGUUUGGUACAUUAUAGAGUCGGCAGCGGCAGCAGCGGAGGAAAAAACGGCCAACGGCGCUGAUCGACGGGCACGGAUCAACUGAAUUUCCAUUACUAUACGCAAGAUAUUUGAACCAUCAUCGCAGUUCACCUAAUCACAACCUGAGAGUAAUCGGAGCCACGCCAGGUCCAAUCAGUUCCAUUCCAAGUACUUUGUAGAAUUGAUAAACCCAACACCUAGAAAGGCGUUUGCAGUGUGGUGUUGUGUCCAGGACUUCCUUGACUUCAUCACAGGUAGCUCUGUUGAAAGCUGUAAACUGGCAGGUCAACCGGUUCUCUGUAGUGUUUCAGUCCGCUCAGUCGCAAAGUUUUAUAUAACACUCAAUCGGACAGCAUCGCGUUCCUGUUCGUUUGGGUAUCGUGCGGCAGUAUCGUGAGUGUAACUUUAGCAUAACAGACGGGUCAGCUCAAGUGUGCACGUUUGCAACCAGCCGAAAGUUUAUUCACACGUGCGGCAAUGUGUCUCAGUGUUGCUUGAAGCAGUUGUUGAAAUAAAGUUCCGAUACAGUGAAAGAUUGACGCACUGAAAUCAACCCGCAAUCCGCUGAGCUCAAGAUAUCGAUCUUGGACUGUAUCUGGUAUACGUAUCGGUUUGCGUUCUGGCUCCCAGUGUGGGUUCGAUCGCGUGGAACUGAAAAAACAGAAAGGUAUCGCAGCAACAGCACUAGCACCCACGGAGCGUGUCGGUCAGUCGAAGGAUCAACGGCAGUGGUUUACUCAGUGAUCAGGAAGCAGUGCCGGAUUGGAGGCAGCUAGUGUUUUGAAAAUCGCCUACGGUAUGGAAGGCUAUUGGGAGGCACCCAGCGGUCACGCACCGCAUCCUGUUAAAUAUGAAAGUGAAGCAUCCGUGCCCGGAUAUCCGUAUUGCAGUGAGCAGCUAAAUUUUUCCACCAGUAAUACCACCUACAGCGAAGAUGACGCCGACUUCGCACCCGGUCGCCGGGGUAAAACGUCGAGGCAAGAUCCAUUAUCACAUCGAAUAAUAGAGAAACGACGACGUGAUCGAAUGAACUCCUGCCUGGCAGAUCUCUCGCGGCUGAUUCCACAGCAGUACAUGCGCAAAGGACGCGGUCGCGUCGAGAAGACCGAAAUCAUCGAGAUGGCCAUCCGACACCUGAAGAACCUGCAAAACCAAGAAUGCGCUCGCGAGUCAUCGUGUGCCGAGCAGUACAGACUGGGUUACAACGAUUGCCUCACCGAAGCGGCCAAAUUCAUGCUGCGCGAACGGGGCGAAGAAAUGUGCUACCGAAUGGUGGCCCAUCUGAAGGAACACUGCAGUGAAAUUAUGAAAGGUGAACAGAUGAAAUCCCGCUGCGGUUCGGAGAUUCCAAACGGUGGCAGUCCAGUGUACCUACAUCCGGGUCCUCUAUCGUCACUGCGUGAAAUGCUAUCCUGCCCCUCGGACUUGGAGCAUAGUAGUAACGAUCAUCACGACGUUAAGGAUCUUAGCUUCCGCAGCAGCACCAACAGUUGCAGCAGUAAUCCACCACAGGCUGCCGUGAUCACCUCAACCGCGCCGAGUAGUGUACAACACUUGGAUACUUCGAGCAACCAUUCUACGGUCGAUUUUGAAGCUUCGUCACCCUCUCGUAUUUCCACCAGUUCCAACAAUGGGGCGCUGCACCACUUCCAGCAGGACACCAACAACAACAUCAACGCUCAGCACGAAAGUGUCCUACGGAACAUCCGUAUGCGGAAGUUUUCUGAAACGUCGCCGGAGCACGAGCAUAACCACAACAGCUACAAAUUCAAGAACUACAUUCAGCAACGUUUCUCGCAAGACACCCAUGGUAACGAGAAUGGUCACAUAACGGAUGGUCCACAUAGUCCAUCCUCUCUUCAUGAGGAUCAUCAGAUGGCUGAUGUACCGCCCCUGUCGCAAGAAAAACCAGUUAUGAAUGGACUUGGACCCAAGCGUAAACCCGAAUGUGUCCCAAACAUUGAUGGCUGCGACGAGCCACUGUCCCUGAAACGGAAAGCAGUCUCGAUAGAGCAACUGUCACAUGCGACGCUGGUUCAAGACGAUCGGGACGACCUGAUAAUGGACAAGAAACCUAAAAACGGUCUCACAGAGUUCAAGAACGAACAUAUGGCGAGAGGCUCUUAUGCGUCCUACACCGUUCCAAUCUUUGCUUGCCAUACUCAGGGCUUCUAUAUCCCUCUUAACGUGGACUACGAUGCUUUACUGCCAUACCUGAACGGAAUUGAUUUGUUUGGAAAGAACUACCCGCAGAUGCCACCGUUGCAUCCUAUUAACAUAAACGUCAACUACUCCUCUGCCAGUCUGCUGAAAACGGCCAUGAAUGGGCUAACCUCGAUCGGAAAGGCCAAGCUAGUCGAAGGGCUAGUUAAUGGUUGCUAGAGUGUGGGUGGUGGUUAAAGUAAAAAAAAACUUUACAACAAGUGAAAUGCAAAAAGUUAUUUUGUCCCAAUAUUUUGUUCUCUUGUUCUGAAACGAAGCAUUGUAUAAAAUGCAGGUCUACUGUGCUUCUUGUGGAAUACGCAUGGAUAUAGUGUUAAUAACCUUUGAGCAGUGUUGAACACAUGUUGCUGUUCGUGUUGCUGCACAGUCUAAAUCAUACAAUGUUUCGGCAUCUGGCAGCUUGAACCGUUCGGAUUCGAAUUCAUCCAGAAAUGUUAUUGCACAUCCGGAAUUUUGUUCUUCUCUAGAUUUUAAUUGGCUGCUUGGGUAAGGAUAGUACAUACGGACACAAGUUUAAAAGAUCAUAAAAUAAGGAAUGAAGGACUACAAUCUUGUAUUGAUAGGAAAUAACACAAAAGAAUAGAUCACAUCGCAUAAUUUUUGGAAAUAGGUUCUGUAAGAAAAUUUAUCGGAACCUAUUUCAGGCGUUUCAGUCAUAAUUGCUAUCUCCAUACGUAGGAAACAUAAAAGACACAGUAAACAAACGCAGAUUCAUAAGACUAAGCCAAACAAAAAACCCAACCCCGAUAAGUGCAUUUUCGCCAUUUUAAACUGCAUUUGCCCUUUUAAUUAUGUAUACGUAAAAGCCCCGUGUAUUGUUUUAAUUGGAACUAGAAAAGAUUUGCUUACUUAAUCACCUAAUUGCCGCAGAUUAAAAGUGUUUGAAAAUACGAUAUACAAACUGUAACAAAACAUAAUACUGCAACAGAAGAGUAGAAAUUCCAUUGCUAUCUUUGGAAGAACCAAGUAAAACUGACUAAUAACAAAUAAGCUGAUAGAAACGAGGUAUGUGUAAUUGUAUAGUUAAACUCAGGUAUACACUAUUUUUAGCAUAACAGAAAAAAUCCCAUGCAGAAUAGAUAGCGAAUAAAAAUAAUUCAAUAGCGAAUGGCGAGCAAGCGUAACUGUGCGUAACAAUUAUGAACACAAGAAAGCACGCAGUAUAAACAUAUAGGACAACAACGUUACAAACCAGAUUGUAUAGGACAAGCCACUUGUUAAUAGAACCUACCUUCUUUUGUAAAUCAUCUUAACAGAGUCAGUGAUGCCACCAACCCGUCAUUUUUUUAACUGGUUGUGUUUCAUGAUUUUUUUUACUAUCAAAUAUAAUUAAAUUAAAAUCUUUUAAUCUGUGAUACUGAUUAACAACGGAAACCAACAAAACGACGGAAAACUGUUACGGCAGAACGAAUGCAUGCAUGAAUGCAGAGACCUUUCUAGAGAUUGUUUGAUGGUCAAACAAAUUGAGAACUGAAACGUAUAAAUGCUUUGUAUAAACCAAUCAGUCGCUUUUUGUCUUGUAUAUUUGUAACUAAGAGCAGAGACAACAACAAAACUACAAGAAGAGAAACAUUUUUGAUGAAACAUGAGUAGACAAGUGCUGUAAUUAAUGAUAGAAAGUCAACCAAAUAAAAUGUCAUAAUUAUAAA